AUGCUUGUGACCAAAGUUCUCGUGAUCUGCUCCACCUCUUCCGGAACGUGCACACUGAUCCUGAGCUCGAAACUAUAUGUUUCUGGAUAUGAGACAUUGGACAUUGUCCCCAUGUACGUCCGGCAAAAUACCGUAUACGGGCCCACCUUCACCGACGCUCCUAGAUCCGACGUCAAGGAAGUCAUAAUUCUCAGUGACGACCGCGCGGAAGUUGUAAUACACGUCGCCAUCAAGUCCGUCACAGCUUUGAAGAUUCGGCUGUCAGUGCUCCCGUAA